CAUAGACUUUACGGCGUUGGAACUGAUCAUCCAGAUCAGAGUUUCUUUACUGUGAGCAUGAGAAACCUGCAGAAUAAAGACACUGGAUCUUACUGGUGUGCUGUGAAGAUCGGAGGAAUAUUUCAAGUGGAUGAAACAGAGCAGCUUCAUCUCACAGUUCAAUCAGCUCCUGAUGUGUCUGUGGUGAGCAGCAGUGUAUCUAGACAUGAAGGUGGUAAUGUCAGUGUCCAGUGUUUCUACAGUUCUGGAUAUCAGAAUAAACUCAAACAGUGGUGCAGAUAUAAAGAUCAGAGCUGUUACACAGUGGGGAGGACUGACACAUCCCAGAAUUCAUCAGUCCAGAUCAGUGAUAAUGUUAGGAGAAGAUCCUUCACUGUGCUGAUGACUAGACUGAGACUCAGUGAUUCUGGAUGGUUCUUCUGCUCUGCUGGAGAUCAACAGGUUCCUGUUCAACUCACAGUCACUGCACUGUAA